AUUGAAACUAAUUGGAUUUUUAAUUAUUUACUUUCACGUGAAGAUGCCAGUUCCAGCAUUUUCUGCUAUGUUUAGUGGGUAACUAACGUGUUCAUCAACAGCAAGUUCACAUAUCUAAAUGUUCAGUCUCAACAAAUCCCCAGCAUAAUUUGGUUUGUGGACGUGCUGUCAAGCAACCUGAUUGAUUGGUAUCCCAUCCACCAGCCUUCACCCUGACAAGUAGUGGCAGAUGUGUAUACUAUCUGCAGAUGGACAGUAGAACCUCAAUAAGAGAUAGUAGGAACUGCAGAUGCUGGAGAAUCUGAGAUAACAAGGUGUAGAGCUGGAUGAACACAGCAGGCCAAGCGGCAUCAGAGGAGCAGGAGAAGCCGUGUCGAUUCCAUUGGGAAAAGUGGAGAAACAACUGACAGCAACAUGCAGAUUUCCGCAUUUAGGUGCAUGCCAGAAAUUGGUGAAAACAACGACACUUGACAACAUCAAAUUGCAUACAAUCAAAACAUGUUUAUCAGACAUGUUAUGAUAAACCUUUGGAGCAAGUGGGACGUGAGCCCAGAACUCCUUGUCCAGAGAUAGGGGCAUUAUUACUGCACCACCAGGUUGUAAAGACGUUCUGAAGAAAGGUCACUGGACACGAAACGUCAAUUCUGGUUUCUCUCCAGAGAUGCUGCAGACCUUUUGAGUGUAACAGCGAUUUCUGUUUUUGUUUCUGAUUUCCAGCAUCCACAGUUCUUUCAAUUUCUUUGGUUUGUUGUAAAGACACCAGGGAGCUUAUAUAUUACGAUACAUGCACACGGCACGGCAUGGCGCAGCCGCAGUAACUGACCAUGGUUGACGGACCCGGCACAGCACAGCCGCACUAACUGACCAUGGAUGACGGAUCCGGCACAGCGCAGCCGCACUAACUGACCAUGGAUGACGGAUCCGGCAUAGCGCAGCCGUUGAAGCCUCUCUCCCUCCGCUCACGUAUUCUGUCCUGCGUCACAAGGUCACUGAGGUUGGACGUUUCUCGAGAGCGCCUUUCGUAUUGACCAAUGAGGAGGCGGCUUGUGACGAGGUGGAGUUUGGUUGCUGUUGCUGGUGGUGGGGUCGGGUGCUGGUUUUUGCCCGGAAUUCCGGCCUCAUCCUCUCGGUUUAUAUGUUGGCCCACAAACCUAUGCAAACUGGAGAGCAAACACGGGCAGCUCGAUGUUCAGUAUAAGGCGGCGACGCCGCAGAAGAAGAUGAAGAAGCGGAAGGAGCUGAAUGCCCUUAUCGGUCUCACCGGCGACGGCAAGAAGAAGAAGUCGAAGAAAGGCUCCGGGCACCAGCUCCUGCUGCGGACCGAGGCCACGGCCUCCGAUUCCGAAUCCACCUCCGAGUUUGACGAGUUCGCGCAGCCGGCUCCCGGCUCCCUGUUUACAAAGGGAGGCUACAUAAGAUGCUGCAAAAUUUGUUAUCCACUAUGUGCAUUUGUUAUGCUCGCUGCUUGUGUAGUGGCAUGCGUUGGUUUGGUCUGGAUGCAAGUUGCCCUCAAAGAAGAUCUGGAUGCACUGAAGGAAAAGUUCAGAACUUUGGAAUCUAGUCAAAAGACUUCGUUUAGUGACAUUCCAAAGCUAAGUGAAGAUCUCCUUGCAGUCCAGAAAGAUCUUGCCAACUUAGACACUGGAGACAGAGGGAUUAGCAAAAUAUGGACCAACAUCACAGAGCUGAAUAAGCAAAUUAGCCAACUGAAUUUAGCUGUUGCUCAUCUGAAAGCCAAUGUUAAAUCAGCAUCUGACUUGAUCAACCUUCCAGUCACUGUGGAACAGCUCCAGAAGAGUGUCGCCACAAUCGGGAGCACGCUCACCAGUGUUCAACAUGAUGUUGAUACUGUGCAGACUGCCUUUGAGGAUCAAAAGAAGAUGGUGGACACCCUUCAACAAAAUAAGGACAUCUUGGACUUGCAUGAUGAAGUAGGUGAGGUGAACGCCACCCUCCUAUUUUACCAUGCAAGCAAUGAUGAGAAGCUGCAUCACAUAGAUUUUGAAGUUGGUAAUCUCAGCCAGAGAGUUGCAUUACUGGAAAAAAAAUUACUAAUUGCUAGUAAUGUGACUAAAAUCGAGAAUGUAAAUGGCACGGUGGUGACUCAGAUGAAUAGCACUCAGGAAACAGUUGAUUCAGAUCACCAGAUUGCUCUCAAAGUACAGAAACCUUCAGGAUUAAAUAAUCACAGCAGUCAAAUGUCAAACCUUAGGGAGAGGUUGAAGGUUAUGGUGAAUGCCCUGACUAGCAAACCAGAAAAUGUAGGUGAUGCAAAUGCAAUCAACAGUCGAGGCUAUCCGAUAGUAAUCGAGGCAAUCAUUUUACUGUUUUGGCUGAAAUCAUGUAGAAGUUUUGUACGGGCAUUGGAGCAGCCGCUGGAGAUGUUUAUAGGGAAAUUAAGGAAAGUGAAUGGCAUAUUUUCUAUAUUUACCUUGUUCAGGACAGGGAUGGGGGUCCCUGUUAUUUAUCCUGAUUUCAGUUAUUUUGCACUUUAAUGACAGCACGUGUGUUAAUAUUCUGUGGCAAUUUAACUUGCAAUUUCCUUCAGUUUAGAAGCUGGUGGCAAUUUUUGCAUUAUUUAAAUUCUGGGAAUACUGACCUACUAAGUUGAUACAUCACUUUUUUUUUAAGUUGAAUUUUCUUUUUGCAAGGCAUUUUAUGUCAGCUCUCAGACAUUGACCUCUGAAAUGACUGGUGUUUACCAAAAUUUAUAGAUUAUUGCCUGGUAACUUUACUACCAAUUUAGCUGCGUAUGUAUUACCUGAUAGAGAAAAUAUUGUGUAUCAUAAACUUCUUUUUGUCAAUUGUCUCUAGAAGCAUAAUGAGGUUAUAUUCUAAGUACAGUAUUUAAUGCUUUGAUUUACAGUAUAUUUGUACAUCUGACAGUUUCGAUAUUGAUGAGAGAGAUUAUUUUCCCUUGUUGUAGUUGUGUGUGCAUGUGUUUUUGGAAAGUUGCUGCUACUGGAACAUUUUCAGCUCACUGAAUAUACUGGUUUGUGUUAUGAUUUCAACUGUGGCAGCUAUUAGUUUAAGCUACAAUGGCUCUUUAAGGUACCAGAACUGCACUAAGUAUUGGAUUUCAUCAGAUAUUGUUAACUUUAUGUACAAACUGUUCUUGACUUGGAGAAACCAGUAACAUGAGUUUGGAAUUUUAUGACUUUUAUGGUGCCCCAUGCUAGUAAUUGCAAAAUAGGAUGAAAAAACUGGUGAAUGCAUGGCUGGCAAGUCGGUGUUUGAGGACGGGCUUAUAGACGUGGGAUAUGGUGACUGGUUCUGGGCAAGGUGAAACCUGUACAGUCUGUAUGAAUUUGCAUCUCAACAGAACUAGGGUUGGUGUCCUCAUGGAGUGGUUUGUUGGUGCUGUGGGAGAGAAUUUAAACUAAUUAAUUUAACACUGGGAUAGGGACCAGGAUGUAGCAUUAGAGAAGAGAAAUUAAGUGCACAAAGGAUUGGAUGAGAUCUGUUGCUGGAUCAAGGAAUAGUCAUUUUCUGGAGUAACGUUUAGGGCAAGUACCAAGAUGUAAUUGAGUUUUGCAAUACAUGCAUGUAAACACAUAAAGCCUGGUAAAUAAGAUGGGAGAGCUGCAGACAUGGCAAGCCAUUUGAGAAAAUGUUGUUCAGAAAAGGGGGAAAACUGAAACAUCCUGGAUCAAGAUGUUUAGGGAUACCAAGUAAGUAGAACAAUUGGCAGUGCUAAUUAAAGAAAAUGUUACAAUACUCAAGAAAAAAUUUCUUGGAGGGACCAAUGAAGCAACCCGUUUUGUUAAACAACAGAGGAGUGGUUAUGCAGUUGGGUAAUGUAGACCAUCACUUAAUGAGAAAGCCACGGAGGAACAAAUUUGUGUGGAAUUUGUAUGUGCAAGACCAUAGAGUAAUGAUACUGGUGGACACUAAUUCUUCUAAAUAUAGAUAGUGACAGUGUAAAGAGGGUGUGUUGUGUUCUCAAAUAUCACCACCUGUGGUCUGUUCUGGAUUUUUUUAUGGAACAGUACAUUUCUGGCAAUAGAAGAAAGGAGGCAUUGCUGGAUUUGCUUCUGAGGAAUAAGGUAUGUCAAAUUGAUGAAGUUGUCCAUAGUAAACAUGUAGGUAACCAUUGAAUCAUAUGAUUUAGAUUUGCUAUUAAAAAGAAUAAGGAACAAUCUAGAGUUUAAAAAAUUACUUAAGUGGAACAGGACAGUUUUCAAUGAAUUGAAAACAUCUAUCCCACAUAAAGUGCAAUCAGAUUGGGAGGCAAAACUCAUUCAGCAAUGGGCUACCUUUAAAUAGAAGGUAAAUAGAAGCCUUCCUGAUUAUUUUGUGCAACUGUGUGCUAGCUUUGUGUUUUGUGCAGAAGUAUCCCCAGUCCUCUUGUGUUGUAGCUUUCCGCAGCUU